AGGCAGCGGUGGGCGCGACGUCGGCGGCGGCGGCGGCGGCGGCGGCGGCAGCUGCAAGUUGGGCUGCAGGGGCAGCGCAUACACUACAAUGGCUGCUGGAAAGAGGCGUAAGGAAACAAUUUCCAGGCCCGCCGCGUCCAGCCCGAAAUAUGAGAAAAAAAUUAUUAGAAAUUCCGCGGGCGGUGUAAAGGCGGCGGACGGGCCGGAGGGAGGAUGUUAAAGCCCCGCGGUUGCCUCUUGGUGCUGCCUUGACCGUAUUUGGCACCCAGAAUGCUUCAUUCUGUGAUGGUCUAUUAAUAAGGUUGCCUUGCUAGAGUUUGGAGCAGGGCCCCAGAUUGGCCAAAAUGGGAAGGACUGGAUUCCGCUCUCUUCCACGAAGAGUCAAUGGAACUGGCUAAGAUCAAGGUCUGACGCUUUUUCCAUCUGUCAUCAGUCCCUUUUUGCUUUCUUUUACGACCACAUGAAACUUGAGAAGCCACCUAAAGCUAAAUCAUUUAGUGGAGUUGGGCAGUUCCCAAGUGUCCAACAAGAAGGCCUGGUUUAGGCUGCGAUGGCCACUGUCAUUCCUGGUGAUUUGUCAGAAGUAAGAGAUACCCAGAAAGUCCCUUCAGGGAAACGUAAGCGUGGUGAAACCAAACCAAGAAAAAACUUUCCUUGCCAACUGUGUGACAAGGCCUUUAACAGUGUUGAGAAAUUAAAGGUCCACUCCUACUCUCACACAGGAGAGAGGCCCUACAAGUGCAUACAACAAGACUGCACGAAAGCCUUUGUUUCUAAGUACAAAUUACAAAGGCACAUGGCCACGCACUCUCCCGAGAAAACCCACAAGUGUAAUUACUGUGAGAAAAUGUUUCACCGGAAGGACCACCUGAAGAAUCACCUGCACACACACGACCCCAACAAAGAGACGUUCACGUGCGAAGAGUGCGGCAAGAACUACAACACCAAGCUCGGGUUCAAGCGGCACCUGGCCUUGCACGCGGCCACGAGCGGCGACCUCACCUGCAAGGUCUGCCUGCAGACGUUCGAGAGCACGGGCGUGCUGCUGGAGCACCUGAAGUCCCACGCGGGCAAGUCGUCGGGGGGCGUGAAGGAGAAGAAACACCAGUGCGAGCACUGCGACCGCCGCUUCUACACGCGCAAAGACGUGCGCAGACACAUGGUGGUGCACACGGGAAGGAAGGACUUCCUCUGCCAGUACUGUGCACAGAGGUUCGGGCGCAAGGACCACCUGACGCGGCACAUGAAGAAGAGUCACAACCAGGAACUCCGGAAGGUCAAGACGGAGCCCGUGGACUUCCUGGAUCCCUUUACCUGCAACGUCUCCGUGCCCAUCAAGGACGAGCUCCUCCCGGUGAUGUCCUUGCCUUCCAGCGAACUGUUGUCGAAGCCGUUCACAAACACGCUGCAGCUGAACCUCUACAACACUCCGUUCCAGUCCAUGCAGAGCUCGGGAUCUGCCCACCAGAUGAUCACAACCCUGCCUUUGGGCAUGACGUGCCCAAUAGACAUGGAUGCUGUCCACCCCUCUCACCACCUUUCUUUCAAAUACCCGUUCAGUUCUACCUCAUACGCCAUUUCCAUCCCCGAAAAGGAGCAGCCGCUGAAGGGGGAGAUCGAGAGCUACCUGAUGGAACUGCAAGGCAGCGUGCCCCCCUCUUCCCAGGACUCUCAAGCAUCGUCGUCUAAGCUAGCGUUGGAGCCGCAGAUCGGGUCGCUGGAUGACGGCACGGGGGACCUCUCCCUGUCAAAAAGCUCGAUUUCUAUCAGCGAGCCCCUGAACACAGCAGCGUUGGACUUUUCUCAGCUGUUUAAUUUCAUACCAUUAAGCGGUCCCCCCUAUAACCCCAUAUCGGUGGGGAGCCUUGGGGUGAGCUCUCCGCAGGAGGAGGCACAUUCUUCUGUGGCUCAGCUCCCGCCACAAACCCAGGAACUUCCGGAUCCUGCCGGCACCAUAGGUCUGGGCUCUCUGCACUCACUAUCAGCGGCUUUCACCAGUAGUUUAAGCACAAGCACAACGCUGCCACGUUUCCACCAAGCUUUUCAGUAGGUUCCACGAUGCGGAUCCGUUACAGAAGUGUGUGUGUAGCCCUGCCUUAGGUGACCAUUUUUAUUUUAGUGCCUACUUGCAGACAGUAUAAAAAUUUCUGCUUCUGUAUAGUACCAGUUUUCAUUAAGCCAGUAUAAAAUAGAAACUAGCUUUUUAAAUGAGCUUGGGAACCAUUUGUGUUCAGUUAUGUUUACCUGGGUAUUUUGUCCUGACUCACUGCCAACUGUCACAAUUUAAGAUGAUUUCUCAUACAGGAAAGCCAUUAUUAGUAGUAAAGUCUUACCAACCCCGUGUUCCAAUUACUGUUAGAUCUUAAAUUUUUCAUUUUUUGUCCAAUAACAAUGGCUCUACCUUUUGACAUUUGGCUCAUUAAAAAAUUUUGCAAGAGAGUUAAAUUUUCUAAAAUGUAUAUGAACGACCUGAGAGUUGUAAAAUUUCUACUAGCCUCUAAAUGGAUUAAUAAUCAAAAGCUUCAAAUGAAUUAAGAAUCCAGUCUGGGGACAUGACAUAUGUUUCUUAUAUAGACCAUAAUUUCAGGUCAGUAUAUUUUGAAGACUUGCUAUCGUCUGGCUCAAAUGUUUGCCGUCUUUAUUAUGCACAUGUAAGGAAAACAAAACCGAAACACAAAGCACCAGUAUCUGUAGCAAAAAGAGACCCCUAGUAAGGUGACACGGCAUUCCACGUUACUUAAGAGUUGGCCUUAAUUUAGUACACAGGAUGUUUGCCACGUUUUAUACUUCUUGCUCUCUUUUCGUUCGAUUCACACUAAUAGUGUAUGGCGUCAGAGUCUUCAGUCAGUCUCUGGGUGGAUCUCUUUCGUCGUUUCCACCUUACAUGGCCAGAGGGUAGGUCAAGCACAGCCAGCAGUUCUCCUUGGAUUGUCAGUGUACAGUCGGUCCAGAGUCCAGAGCCGCUGGGGAACACAGGUGUGUUUAUCCCGGCAGGGGAUGGGGGGGAGGGGGGCGGAGGGGUGGUGUCUCCGCUUCUAGGGUGAGAGACCCUAGGCGGGGAGACAGAUGUGAGACCUGCAGCUCUGCCUGGGAACUUGUCUGGGGAUCGCGUCCCCUGUCGCCUGGGUGGAAACGAGAUCCCUUAGGAGUCAAGUCAAAGCACAUCGCUUAUGUCACUUCUUGCUGAAUUUGAGGCAGUUCGUGGUCCCUAAGCACCAAAAACAGAAAACAAAACAACAGCCCUGCUCCCAUGGCAUCUUUCUUAUUCAGUGUUAAUUCAUCUUUCCUUGCUAUUUUUGGACGGAGACUUUAAAGUUAAAUGCAUUCGAAAACUAUUUGAGGAAUGACCACAAAGUCUUAAGCGACUAAAAAUAUAUACAGUAAAACCCCACUUUUACACGUCCCUGGGAAAUAGGAGGAACGUUGCAAAUAAGUUGAAUUUGUAGAGGGAGGGAGAAAAGUAAAGCAAAACAAGCACUAUCUUAGUGAUUGUGAAAAGAACAAUCGAGAACAUUGUGUUCAAUGAAUACAACAGUUACUGUGGGCUUUCUUCAUGUUAGGCAACCAGCAUAUGUUCUCAAAGGUCGAAUUAUUAUUCUGUUUUGCUAAUAAUCAGUUGGGGCAUCAACCUAAGAAACAUAUCUAGUAAGCACUUGUUAACACCUUAUUUGGGGACCCUGUCUGUUGGGGUGGGUAUGAGGAGGGAGGGUUUAUAGAAGAGUAUAUAUCUCUUUAAAAAAAGAGAGAGAAAAAUAUUUCUGAGCACUCAUCUGCCCUAUGUGGAAGCUUCUUUUCCCUUUUAUAGGGCCAAUUAUCACUGCAGAUUUCGAUGUUUACCAAGAAUUCCUAAAAAUGAGUGCGGAUUACUGAAUAGAAUACACUAUUUAAAAUAUUGGGGAGUAGUAUAAUUUGUGGAGAAAUGUAAAUUGUAAUAAUGUAAAUGGGGGUUUCACUAUAUAUAUUAUAUGUAUGUACACACACGUCGCACUUCAUAGAAUCAGAGUGGCUCUUAAGGAGCUUGGGCUCCUGUUAUUUUAUCAUGCUCCUAUGUUUGUUUGUUUGUUUUUUAAUCCUAGGAGCAGUAGUUUUUAUACGUAUGUAUUUAAAUUUUAUUAUUAAAAGUUACAUUUUAUUAAAAAAAGUGUGUUCCAAAGGCAUUAAAAUUAUAUAUGUUAAUAAGGAAAUACAUUUUUAAAUUUUUCAAACUGCUCCUAAGCUUUUGAUUAGGAGAAUAUUUGCUCUGAAAGUAGGCAUUUAGCUCUGCUUUAUUUCCGCCUCCUUUAGUUUCUAUGAAACAGAUUGCUUACUUAAAUCACUAGUUGAAUGAUUAGUGUUCAAUAUUGCUUUAAUCACCAUUGAAAAAAAAAAAAGGAGAAAGAAAUCUGGUGACAGAGCACAAAUAAAUAGAAAACCUAUUUUUAAAUAGAAAUCACAAAUACAAGUGUGGAAGCACUACUUUAUUUUGUCUAAAAUUUGCUUAAAGAGAAAUCAGAAUAACGAACUGAGACGUUGGCCUUAGUAGGCUGUAUUUCACUGCUAAUUAAAAAAAAAUUAAAAAGGGAGUACCAGGAUUUAUUAAAUAAAGCAUUUUGGAAAUGGGGAAUGGUGCCAUGUAGGUAUAUAUAUUUUUAGCCUAAUUCUCGCCCUGCAUGGAAUUCAAAUACAUGGAGGCAUAUCUUCCAGGGCACCAGUGCUAAAAUUGUGGACUCAUAUUUUCAUAUGUACACCCUUUUGCCUGUUGCUGCCCCACAGACUUGAAAUAACACUUCCAAGUAAGAGGGAAUUCAGCUAAUUUGUUUUUUAAAUUGACUGUAGCGGUCACUAAACCCCUUUUGAGAGAAUCUAUAUUAAACAUGAGGCUGACUCAUUUAUUUUAAUUGCACAAUGGUCUGACAAGGCUGUAACACCGAACUGGCUCUUUUUUUUUUUUCCUAAAAAAAAAAAAAACAAAAAAAUUGACACAUUUUUAUGUCAACUGGAUGUGAUUAAAAAUAAUUGUUGCCAAUGCUGUUUUCAUUCUCCGGUGGCCAGAAUCAUCAUCCCUGGAAUUUCUAGUAGUGCCUUUGCUUGGUUUAAAAAAAAAAAAAAAAAAAAAAGGGAUUAUCAUUAAGUAAAAAUAUUUCAGUUUAGGAUUUGGACCUCAGACAAGAUAUUGAACCUCAUUCAGUUUGACCUUCCAUGUGUUUGUACAAAUUAGAUCACCAGACACAGAAAGCAUGAGUGUGGAAGGAUCUUGACACCGUAAGCAAUAUUCUCCACCGAUGGAUGCAAAUACCACCUUUAUAGCUGUUGGUCACUGUUACAACGUGCAUCUUAAAAUCCUCUUAGCAGGUUCCAUUUUCCAGAACGUUGUCCUGGCUGAUGAUGCACUACUCCUUGUGCAGCUUUUUCAUUUCGUUUCGUGUUUCUUCCAAGCUGUGUAUUUUUGCCUAUUUGUUGCUUGUGCUUUUACUAUUCUUAGUCACUUGUGGAAUAUAGUGACGUAUUGUGUUAAUUUGGACAGUAGCGGUUUUUAAAAACCAUAUACUGACUGAAACAUGAGCCAGAGCUGAUUGCUUUAUGAAGCUAAUAAUGAAUGUUAAAGAGUACAUAUUUUCAGGAUCAUUCAUCUAGAAAGCAAUACACAUAUAUAGGCCAAUAUUUUUUUACAAAAUAGAGCUUGGUCAACCUCUAUACUACACAUAUUACAAGAUAUAGCACUUUCAAAACGAAUCUAAACCUUUACAGAAACUUUCUUAUAGGUUAUGCCUUUUAUUUUAAGACUUAUUAUAAUUUGUUUCAAGUGCCGUUAGAUGAUAUAUAUGUAGGCCUUUGAUAUAUAAUGCUUUGUGUUCAAAAAUGGUAGAUGGUAUUUUAAACAGGUACAUUUUUACAGUGUUUUCUUAUCAAUUUGCUAUAUUGCACAGAAUCAGUGUGUGUCUUUUCAUAAGGUUUUACAAUGGUUUAUUUUUUUACAAGGUUUACGUGUCUCAAAACACACUGUCUUCCCAGUAUGUAAAUUAAAAAAAAAAAAAAUACCAGUUCACCCAAGUUGCUUCUAGCCUACUGAGAUCCAUGUGGCGUUGGAGGAGAUCUUUCAGAUACUGAGUAUUCUUCAUUAGCAGUGGCAGACUGUUAUCUCUGAGAAAUGAGUGCCUACGUUGACCUUGUCUUAUUCUUCUCAUACUGCGUCAGCAGCUGUCUACCACACAGAUAGUCUGUUGUGAUCCCAUAGAGCCACAUAAGUUGUGUUGUGUAGUUCUGUGCUAAAAACCCAUACAGAGCUCCUUUCUGAUCAUCUAAAUCGAGAUGAUCCCACCCACAAUGGUAAAGGCACGCUCAGCUCACCCCCCAGGCCCUUCUCCAACGUUGUCAGCCCUCUGAGGAUGGAAGGCAGUGUCUUUUGAUAAGUUAUCUAGCUUAGAAAUAACAGAACUAUUGCUAAUGUAUAAAACACUUCAUUGUAUAAGCUUCAGUGGUACAGAUGAACCAGAAUGAAUGUGUAUCUCCUCAGAAGCACUCCUUCAAUAUUCUGUUGGAUCAUAUGCUGCUAAUGUAACUUGGGAUACAACUCUUCAUGGUGCUACAAACUUCUCUGUCUCAUUCAGUCGUGUUUUUUUUAUCCAUAGGAAAAAAAGGACUACAUUAGGCGUAAAGGUGUACAAUAUAUUUUUAUACUGUGACUUCAUUUGUCUUUAACAAGACUUUUACACCACCCACAACAAUGUAUUCAUGUGCACUUGCAAAAGGAAAUCUCGGACGUGCAGAUGUUACCAGAACAAAACCCAGCUUUGUCCACAAGGUGACUAUAACUCAGAACGAAACGUGGGCUUUAUGAUAUGGUGUGGCGUGAAGAACAUGCUGUAUGUUACUAACAGCCCUUUGAAUUUAACAAAAACUGGGAAUCCAUUCGGAAAUGGAUUGCAUCAUGCCUGAACAUAAGCUGGACUGCUGAGAUUGUAUUUUUAGCUGAUGGAAAAAGUGUUUGGACUAGUACUCUAAAAAUGUUCUAAUGAUAAAGUUUUGAGUCAAAAUAGAAAAGAAAAACUCUGCAUUCCAGGCUGAAUUUUGUAUAUUUUUAUUGCAUUUAAAAUCGCUAUUCUGUGAUAUGGGAAAUCAAGUGGCUUAUCAUGUAUAUCAUGUACUUAAAAUGUAUUCACAAACUACUGUUGUAUUUGUAUAAAAUAUAGACAAAGAUCGUAUUUUUUGUGUGUGUAUAAGCUCUGUAAAUUAGCAAUCACAUUAUGAAGCUGCAGUGAUAACUACAUUUUAAACAUCCACACCCAAAGAAGCAGCUAUUUAUUGUCCAGUUACCCAGAUAUAAAAUAUUAAUUUGCUGCUAAUUAAACAAGAGUGCUGCAGCUUCUUGUGGCCUACAGUGUUAUGUUUGCUGUAAGAAAAAGAUAUGUGAACUCCACAAAAUAUAUGAAUAAAAAUUAUAGAAUGGCUUUAGAUAAUGUAGAUCUUCCUGAAAUUUUAAUAGAUGAUAAAUUUCUAUUUGGUAUAACAUUUUUUCCCUUUGAAUUUUAAAUAUUUUCUCAUUCGAUAAAUAUAAGAUUCUAAUAGCUGCCUCUAGGACAAUACUCGGUUGCUGAAAUGAAACGUAAAGUUCUAGGGUUUCUUUUGUUUUAUAACUUUUGUACCUUUAAAGGAAGGACAGAAACUGUAAAUAAAAAAGUCAGAACAUCA